UGGGGUGCUGGGCGAAGUAUUUCAGCUUCUCAAGAAAAAAGUGGCGCACCUCAAGCCGCAAGAGCGCAAAUGCGUACUGUUGGUCGAUGAGAUGGCUAUUGUACCGAAGUUCGAGUACGACCCCAGCACAAGCUCCAUACGGGGUCACGUGACAAUGCGUGUGCCAGGAGCACCGCCCGCCAAGCCACCGUCCACAGAGCACGCCAAACCACAGUCUGCUGAGCCACCGCCUGCGCAGCCACCUUCUGCCGAGCCGUCUGCUGAGCAACCUUCUGCCGAGCCACCGGCCGCCACCCAUGCUCUGGUGUACAUGGUUGCUGGGGUGUCUUCACGGUGGAAGCAAGUCGUGUGCUACCAGUACACCGGCAGCUCCUUCAGUGGAGAAGACGCUGCCAGCGAAGUGAGAACUCUCAUCGAGCGGUGCUACAGUGUUGGGCUCCAGGUUGUGGCCAUCACAAGUGACAUGGGCAGUGGGAACCGGGCAAUGUGGAAACAGUUCGGCGUACACGCUGGCAGAUACAGCAGAACCGUGAACCUGAUUCCCCACCCCCAAGUACCUGGGGAGCAGAUUGCUUUCCUGGCAGACGUCCCCCACCUCAUCAAGAACCUGAAUGGGCAUCUGGUGCGGGGCCAAACUAUAACGCUGCCAGCAGAUGUUGUGGCUGCUAACGGGCUUCCAUGUUCAACCGUGUCCCUCGAGCCGGUCCGCCAGCUUGCCGAGUUCCAAAAGAACCUCGCCUUCAAGUUGGCCCCCAAACUUCGUCCCGAGCUUCUGGACCCAAACCACUUCGAGAAGAUGAAGGUGAGCACCGCCCUACGGGUCCUCAGUCACUCCACGGCCACGGCCCUUCGGUUCCUGGUGGAGAAUCAUGGCUGGAGCACCAACUUCCUCACCACGGCUUGGUUCUUGGAACAGUACCUCAAGGCGUCCAAGGCAGGGUCCUACGAACUGGAUGAUGCCUCCUUUUACCUGGCUGACCUCGCAGACUUGGAUGUACAACCUGCUGUACCCACCGACAUUUUUCUUGAGGAGGUAGAACUCACCAUGUCACAACCUGAGGAGAAUAGCUUUGACUAUUACUGCGGGUAUGUGGUACGAACAGUUGUCAAAAAUAAUGCUACAUGUGACACGUGUGCUGCAGCUGUUCAGGUCCCCACGGCACCUGCAAAUAGCCUCCUCAGGCUUAAGAAUUACAUCCCUGACGCUCUGACCUGCCCCUCUGAAGCUGCACGCAGCCUCUUCACAAUUUGUGAAAGUGUCUUUCGCAGCCUCAUUCCGGAUUUGAUGCAUGCACGGGGCAUUCUGGACAGCUUAUCGGCGAGGAUGGCUGCAGAGAGCCAAUGUGUUCAGCUGCCCGACUGCCAUGAAAUCAAAAUGAAGCUCAUCAGGCGGUUCUGUCAUGCACGGCUGCAACUAUUCCUGCGGGAAAAAAGUCGCGAGUUGGCAGCUGGGGCUGCUGAACGCAGGGACUUCGGCAGCAAGUCGAUGGCAGGACCUCGGAGAAGGAAUUAGUGUCUUAGAUUGCCUUAGCUGAGGAAACUGUUGUCCCAUUCUCAUUUUUUUUUUA